UACAGCUCAAAAAUUCCCAAUUUCUUUCUCUCAAGCAAGCAUUUUGCAGAUCCAAAAUAAUUAUUACUUUAUUUAAUUGAUAUUAAAGGUAAACAUAUUCUUCAAUUCAGUUUAUUACUAUUAUUGUUGAUAUUCUGGACUGGAAUGAUGAUGAUGCUAAAGUUAGUUCCUUGAGCUCUUUCUCAAAUUAGCUUCUAAUUAGACUGGAUCAUUUACUCAGCAUGUGUAUGUCCAAAGUAAGUUCUCGAUGCCUUGGUGUAUCAGAUGAUGUAUAGGAACUUUCUUAGGCUCAAUCAGCACUACAAUGGGCAUUCCAAAAGAUCUACGAGAGCCAUUGUUGUUGUACAUUCUAUUGCUAUGCCGUUUGAUAAGCAUCAGCCAAGGUCUCACUCCUGAUGGUGAAGCUCUUGUUAACUUCCGAACAAGCAUUAUCAGCUCCGAUGACGUUCUUGGUCAGUGGAGGCCCGAGGAUCCUGAUCCAUGCGGAUGGAAAGGGGUACAAUGUGAUCCAAAAACCAUGAGAGUUAUUUCUUUAAAUGUUUCUCAUCACAAGUUAAAGGGACAACUAUCACCAGAUAUUGGAAAACUAGAUCACUUGAAAUUCUUAGAUCUUCAUUACAACAAUUUUUAUGGAGCCAUUCCUCCAGAGCUAGGAAAUUGUACAGAGCUACAAGGAUUAUUCUUACAGAAUAAUUACUUGAGUGGAUUUAUUCCUACUAGAUUGGCAAAUCUUUCAAAGCUCCAAACAUUGGAUAUCUCUAGCAACUCUCUUGAUGGGAGGAUUCCAACCUCAAUUGGGAUUUUGGGAAACCUCAUAAAUCUUAAUGUAUCGUUCAAUUUUCUGGCCGGUCCGAUCCCAACGGAUGGUGUUCUUGGCCAAUUUGGAAGUGACUCCUUUGGUGGAAACAGUGACUUGUGUGGGAAACAAAUUAACAAGUUGUGCAAAGAUGAUGCUGGAAAUCAACAGCCUACAGGGAGCCAAAAUGUUAAAAAGAAUUCUGGGCGGCUACUAAUCAGUGCUUCUGCUACCGUGGGUGCAUUGCUGCUGGUUGCAUUGAUGUGUUUCUGGGGAUGUUUUCUUUAUAAAAAGCUAGGGAAAAAUGAUGCCAAAGGGAUUGCAAAGGAUGUCAGUGGAGGUGCAUCCAUUGUUAUGUUUCAUGGAGACUUGCCAUACUCAUCAAAAGAUAUUAUCAAGAAAUUAGAAACUCUAAAUGAGGAGCACAUAAUAGGUGCUGGAGGCUUCGGAACAGUCUACAAGCUGGCAAUGGAUGAUGGAAACGUUUUUGCGUUGAAAAGAAUAGUUAAGUUAAAUGAGGGAUUUGAUCGUUUUUUUGAGGGGGAGCUUGCAAUUCUUGGAAGUAUUAAGCACAAAUACUUGGUGAAUUUGCGAGGUUAUUGCAAUUCACCUACAUCCAAGCUAUUACUAUAUGACUACUUGCCAGGUGGCAAUCUAGAUGAAGUUCUUCAUGAAAAGAGCGAUCAACUAGACUGGGAUGCACGGCUCAAAAUUAUUAUGGGAGCUGCAAAAGGGCUGGCUUAUUUACAUCAUGAUUGCUCUCCUCGAAUUAUACACCGAGACAUUAAAGCAAGCAACAUUUUGCUUGAUGGAAAUUUGGAGGCCCGGGUUUCUGAUUUUGGACUCGCAAAACUGCUUGAGGAUGAGGAGUCUCACAUUACAACCAUUGUUGCUGGAACUUUUGGAUAUCUAGCUCCAGAGUAUAUGCAAAGUGGUAGAGCUACAGAGAAAACAGAUAUUUAUAGUUUUGGUGUACUUAUGCUUGAAGUUGUAAGUAGAAAGAGGCCCACCGAUGCUUCUUUUAUAGAGAAAGGCCUUAAUAUUGUCGGCUGGUUGAAUUACUUGGUAACUGAGGAUAGGCAGCAUGAGAUCAUUGAUGGAAACUGUGAGGGUGUGGAGGCAGAAACACUAGAUCCCUUGCUCUCUGUUGUAAUUCAAUGUGUUUCUUCAAAUCCAGAAGAUCGGCCCACAAUGCACAUGGUGGUAAAAACACUAGAAUCUGAUGUUGUGACUCCAUGUCCAAGUGACUUUUAUGAUUCCUCAUCAGAUUAAAUUGCUUUCUACUACUUCCAUUUCAUGCAACUACUGCCCAUGAGUUGGAGAUUGAAACAGACACGGGGGACAAGAGCUUUUUGUUUUGCAAAUUCAUUUUCCACUUCAUGAUCCAUUCUUUGUGCAUAUAGACGGUAAAAAGAUUAUCUUCAUAUUGUUGCAGCUAAUAGGGAAGCAGCACCUGUGAAGUGGUGUUUUUCUCCAUCUCGUGAUCAUAUGUUUUUUUGGCUUUUGAUAUUUAAAAUUGCCUUUUCUCUUGUUGUCUCAUAUGUAUAUGAUGAUCUCUAGUCUGUCGCCUUUCAUUGGAGGAUGAUUCUUGGUGAAUGGUGAUGCCAUCUUUGUAAUAUACGCUCUUUGUUGAUAGUUAAAAUGAAAGUUUUCAUUGGUUAUGCCGGUAA